CUGAGCCACAAACGAGCGUCUAAGUAUACGUUCUGAAUCUGGAUGCUGCGUGUUGUGUAGUAUUAUUUUUUCCUUGGGGGAGGGGGCGGGCGGCUAGGGUGGGCCGUAGGCCUUCUGAACCACAGUGAAUCCGGAGCUGGUCUCGGUGACCGACCUACUAGUCUAGUGAGGCCAGAGUUUGCGUGAAAACUACAUAAGGGGGCAACAAAAGCGUAUUAUAAGUGCGUCACUACUCGACCAACACCCAGUCACUUCGAAUUCUCAUGAGCAGGGGAUUCAACAGCCUGAGAUGCCACCACGCCCGCCCCGGCCUCUAUCAGGCCUGACCAGCCGGCAUUUCAUGCUCCCGGCGCAGAGGUUCUACAGCGCGGGCGCGAGGGCGCCAGCCUUCCCGACGGUGCCGGCCUGCCCGGCGCCGACAUGCGAGUGCGCCGCGACGCCCGCGAUGCCGGCAGGGCUCGAGAUCGACCACAAGGGCAAGCUGAACGGCCUCAUCUCAAGCUACAGCGAGCAGGUGCUCGUGUGCACGGGCGAGGACGACUGGCCGUCGCGCAUCGAGGAGGACAGCAGCGGCGACAACCUGGCCGCGGACCUCAAGGAGCUCUUUGGCCGCGGGGGUGUCUACAGUGACCCCUUCCACAACAUCUCCGUCCUCAACUCGUCCUUCGCGUCGUCUGCGCCCAGGAGGGCCGAGCUCGUCACGACGUCGGUCUACCUGCUGCCCAGCUUCAAGUACGUGCCCUUCCUGCCGAGGGUGUCCUUCGACAGCGUCGAGGCGCUUGCCAAGGGCUUCCUGCUGCCGGAGAAGCUGCACUCUGCGCACGAUGGCUUGUCGCCGAUACAUCGCGACCGCCUGACGCGCAAGCCCAUGUAUGGCCAGCUGCUCCACGGUGUCAGGGACGUCGAGGACAUCCUGGUCCUCAUCUGUGGCCACGGCGGGAGGGACAUGAGGUGUGGGGUGAUGGGCCCCGUGCUCAGGAGUGAGUUUGAGACCCAGCUGGCGAGGCAGGGCGUCGACGUGCUGCGCGGACCUGUUGAAAUCGACGGCCCGGGUGAAGCUGCGGCCAUCACGGGAGCUGUUGGAACUCCGGCCCCGGCGGCACGGGUCGGCCUGAUAUCUCAUAUUGGCGGUCACAAGUUUGCUGGGAACAUCAUCGUCUACCUGCCGCCGUCCAUGAAGACGGCCAGCGGGGAGAAGCACCCGCUUGCCGGACAUGGCAUAUGGUACGGUCGGGUUGAACCACAGCACGUCGAGGGCAUCAUCGCGGAAACAAUUGGCCAAGGCCGAGUCAUUGAGAAUAUGUUCCGAGGCGGGAUCAAACAAGACCGAACCAUCUUGAGAUUAUAGACUUAGAAGAAAUAAUACGGAACGCCGUGA